AUGGAUCACUCCGAUAUCAAUCAUGUUUUCGCCUAUGCCUCCCUUAUGUGGGACGGCCCGUCAAUCACCGGUGUCCGAAGGGUCGUCCCUGCCACCCUGCAUGGUUACAGUCGCGAUAUGUGCGUCAAGUCGUUCUUAUACCGAGGGACUCGGGAACAGCCAGGCCUAUGCAUGG